AUGCGGGUUGCUUUGCUUGCGCUGAUGGCGCUGGCGCUAAGUGUCCCGCGGGAGGCAAGUGGCAGAAAGGGCGCCAGCUCAGCUCUCGCCAAUGUAACUAUGUACACGCCAAGUUCACUCUUCGUGCCAUACAAGCACACACGUUACAAGCGCGCGCCUCAUACGUUGCUCGGCCCUUUUGAUUUUAACAAACUGUUUAAAAAGAAAAAGAAACCUCGUACGGAGGCUGAGCUUGCACCAAGCGCAUUUCCGCUCCGCGGCGUUGCUUCUCCGCAAACCGCCGCUUCCGUGUCUUCCACGGUUCUUCGUGCUGAAUCAGUUCAUACGCCAGAACCUAAAACUACAACAUCGCCUAGCUUAGCAUCGGUUAGGACUGCUGAAACUGCACUUACUACCUUACCAGCGACGCUUACGACUACAACAAAUGGCGCAACGAAGUCUUUAAGCGUCCAAAGAGAGACAGCGAAAGAACCGUCAUCCAUCACAAAGAUACCAAAUAAAAAAGGGACACUAAAGACUGAUUCAAAGCUGAAGAAGUUAAAAACGCGGAAAGUUAAGAACAAUUCGACGAUGGUUGCGACAAGUCGGUCGGCGAGCGCACGGCGGUCGGCGGUGGCAGCCAGCAAGAAGAAGGACGAAGCUCCAUGGCCAGUGAAGCAUGCUGCUGUCGUGGAUGGAGACAUCAUACUUGGCGGUCUCAUGAUGCUAUCAGCUGGUAAAAGGAAGCAAGGUGGGCAGCACCUACGUUACAAGGAUGUGCUUAAGCGCCACCUAACUGCCUGCGGUAUACCACCUGACAAAUGGGAGGAGCUUGCUUCUCAGCGGCCAGAAUGGCGUUCUCGUGUUAAGUUGAGUGUACACGGGCGGUCGGAAGGCGCGACCUGCGGGCCAGUGAUGGCGCAGGGUGGUGUACAGGCGUUAGAAGCCAUGCUUUACGCCUUGGACUACGCCGCGGCCAAUAGCAUCGGGCCGCCUGGAGUCAAGAUAGGCGCACUAGUGCUUGACGACUGCGACAACGACACUUAUGGGCUGGAGAUGGCGCUAGACUUCAUUAAAGGCUCGAUCAGCAAUAUAGAGGAGGAGUACGCGUGCGCAACUCGUGGUGUACAGCGGCAAAUCAUUUCCGGUGUCGUGGGCGCCGCCUCCAGCGUCACUUCCGUUCAAGUUGCCAACCUGCUGCGAUUGUUCAAGAUCCCCCAGGUCUCCUACUUCUCAACGUCACCAGAGCUGUCAAACAAAGCACGCUUCGAAUACUUCACUCGUACUAUACCUUCAGAUCUGCACCAAGUGAGAGCUAUGGUCGAGAUCGUCAAGAACUUCGGAUGGCGAUACGUUUCCAUCAUCUACGAGGAGUCCAACUAUGGAAUUAAGGCGUUCGAAGAACUAGAAACGCUUCUAGCCCGAAACGAAAUAUGUAUAGCAGUGAAAGAACGACUAGUAAAGGAUUCCGGCGAAGCUACUGCCAGUGCUUAUGAUGCUAUAGUGGCGCGUCUGCUUUCACGACCUCGGGCGAGAGGAGUGAUAGUGUUCGGGUCAGACCAAGAGGUAGCGGGAGUGAUGCAGGCGGUGGUGCGGGCAGGUGCGGAGGGGACAUUCGGCUGGGUCGGCUCAGAUGGCUGGUCGGCGCGAGCUCUCGUCGCCACAGGUCGAGAGCGCGCGGUCGAAGGAACCAUCUCCGUGCAGCCACUGGCGCGGCCGGUCGAGGGCUUUCGGGAGUACUUCCUCAACCUGACCGUGGACAACAACAAACGGAACCCCUGGUUUGUAGAAUUCUGGGAAGAGCAGUUCCAAUGCCGCUGGGAAGGCCCAGGGGCUGCCCGCACGCCGUACAACGCCCAUACUCGCCGCUGUACAGGAAAAGAACAACUGACGAAUGAGAACACAGAGUUAGAAGCUCAACUCCAGUUUGUAGCUGAUGCUGUAUUGGCAUUUGCUCACGCUUUACGAGACAUGCAUGCGGUUGAGUGCGGAGGCGCUCCAGGAUUGUGCUCGGCAAUGAAACCUCCUCAGGGACCUCUCCUUCUACGGUACCUGAGGAAUGUGCGGUUCACUGGGCUGAGCCGCGAAGAGUUCCAUUUCGACAACAACGGCGAUGGUCCUGCGCGAUACAAUAUCAUGCAUUUCAAGCAGGUGGAGCCGGGGAUAUUUCGCUGGCUAAGGGUCGGACGGUACCUGGAUGGCGAGCUUGAACUCGAAAUGGACGAAAUCCAGUUCAAAUUGGAAUCACCUCGGCCCCCCGAGUCCGUGUGCAGCGCUGAGUGCGAGCUGGGACAAGCCAAGCAGUACGUAGAGGGAGAGAGCUGCUGCUGGCACUGCUUCAACUGCACGCAGUAUGAGAUUCGUGCUCCAGAGUCAGAGACGGCGUGCCGCGAGUGUCCACGUGGCACGCUACCCGACGAGACGCGCACGCACUGCGCCUUACUUCCCGCAGACUAUCUUCGCCCCGCCUCACCCGCAGCACGGGGAGCUAUGGCGUUCUCCGCGCUUGGCAUCCUCUUCACCGUGUUUGUCAUCAGCGUAUGGAUAUGGCGCAGAGACACCCCUGUGGUCCGCGCGAGCGGGCGCGAGUUGAGCUACAUACUUCUCGGCGGUAUCCUGAUGUGCUACCUCGUCACAUUCGCCCUCGUUCUCCGGCCUACGGAUGCCUUGUGUGCUGUGCAACGAUUCGGCACCGGGCUAUGCUUUACGAUAGUCUACGCGGCGCUGCUCACGAAGACCAAUCGAAUCGCGCGUAUAUUCGCGGCGGGUGAGCGAUCAGCGCGACGGCCUGCUUUCAUAUCACCGCGCUCGCAGCUUGGCGUGUGCGCAUUACUCGUUGGUGUUCAGGUUGUCAUAGUGGGAGUAUGGCAGGCUGCGGCACCCGCGCGGGCGGUUAGGCAUUUACCAUCACGCGAGACAGCCGUACUCGUCUGUGACGCAUACGUCGAUGCGUCAUACACACUAGCAUUCAGCUACCCUGCUGCGCUCAUCGCAACAUGCACGGUCUACGCUGUGCUGACACGCAAGAUCCCUGAAGCUUUCAAUGAAAGCAAGCAUAUCGGUUUUACGAUGUACACGACCUGCGUGAUCUGGCUCGCCUUCGUGCCGCUAUACUUCGGCACGGCAAGCCACGUGGCGUUACGAGUCACGACAAUUGCCGUCACCAUUUCUCUCAGUGCGUCAGUCACGCUUGCCUGUCUGUUCGCUCCUAAGGUGUACAUAAUCCUGUUCCGACCGGAGCGCAACGUCAGGGGUUGCCUGAUGCCGGGCCGCUGGCGCGCGGCUGGUGGCGGAGCGGCCGGAGGCGCCGUCUGCGCCGCUCUCGUGGGCGCGGCCGCGCCGCUGCCGCCGCGCGCGCCGUUGACGGCCACGCCGUCGACUGAUCGCUCCACGCUUAACGACGAUCGCACACCGAGCUCGUGUUUAGACCGCCAAGUGCAGACGGAUCCGACAGACUUCCCCUCAGUCCCCGCUCCCCCGCCGGCCGCACCCCCCGCGCCCGCCGCCGAGCUGCAGCUGGACGCCCGCGCGCUGCGGGGGGGCCUUCCCCCCUUCCCACUUCAGGAGCCCCCCGUGCCGAACGGACCGCGGACGCCCGCGCUCGCUGAGAAACGGUUAUAGCACAAGGCAAAUAACAUUCAAGUGCGCUCAAAGCGUAUCCCAGUGCUCGUGUGAUGUAGGAUAACCUAGAGCAACUCGAAAUAAA